AUGUGUGGUAUUUUCGCGUAUUUAAAUUAUAUGGUUCCUCGCUCACGAGGCUACAUAAUCGACGCUCUAAUUAAAGCCUUAAAACGUUUAGAAUAUCGAGGCUACGACUCUGCAGGAAUUGCAUAUGAUGGAGAUGAUAACACAUGCAUCAUAAGAAAUAAGGGCAAAGUUGGUGCACUCGAGAAAGCUGUAAAAGCCCAUAAUAUUGAUUACGACAAAGAAUUUGAUAAGCAUGUUGGUAUUGCACACACACGUUGGGCUACACAUGGCAUUCCAAGCGAAGUUAAUAGCCAUCCACAACGUUCUGGAGAGAAUAAUGAAUUUUCUGUUGUUCACAAUGGUAUUUGCACUAACUACAAAGACAUAAAGCAAUUCUUGCUUAAUAAAGGAUAUACGUUCGAAUCAGAAACCGACACAGAAGUCAUAGUAAAGAUGGUUCGAUACUUUUAUGAAACCAUGAAGAAAGAUGACGGAUCCGAUGUUGACUUUCGAGUAAUAAUAGAAAAGGUGGUCCAUCAAUUGGAAGGCGCCUUUGCUCUCGUUUUUAAAAGUUCACAUUAUCCUGAUGAAAUUGUUGCUGCUAGGCGAGGAAGUCCGUUGCUGAUAGGUGUUAAAUCUAGUAGUAAAAUCACUACUGAUCAAAUACCGAUCUUGUACGAUAACCAAAUGACAGUUAAUCUUAGCUCAAGCACUACCUUUCGGAGAAACGAAAGCACUAUGAAUUUAUUUGCUGAAGUCGAUGCAGAAGUGGAAUACUAUUUCGCUUCCGAUGCAAGUGCUGUCAUUGAAUAUACGAACCGUGUAAUAUUCCUUGAAGACGAUGACGUUGCCGCUGUUUCUAAUGGAGCAUUAUCGAUUCACCGAAUUCAUCGAAGUGGUAGCGAUCCAAGCCAUCGUGACGUAGCUACCCUUAAGAUGGAACUACAACAAAUCAUGAAAGGUAAUUUUAAGGCAUUCAUGCAAAAAGAGAUAUUUGAACAACCAGAAAGUGUCGUAAAUACAAUGCGUGGUCGUAUAGACUUUGACAAUAAUACAGUCGUAUUGGGUGGCAUAAAAUCACACAUUCACGAUAUCAAGCGUUGCCGACGUCUAAUAUUCAUCGCUUGCGGAACUAGCUACCAUAGCACUGUAGCGACGCGACAAUUAUUAGAGGAACUAACCGAAUUGCCGGUAAUGGUGGAAUUGGCUAGUGAUUUUCUUGAUCGCAGGACACCGAUAUUUAGAGACGAUGUUUGUUUCUUCGUUAGUCAAUCAGGUGAAACUGCUGAUACUCUCAUGGCCUUGAAAUACUGCAAAGAAAGAGGUGCAUUAAAUGUCGGCAUUACUAAUACAGUUGGUAGUUCUAUUUCUCGGGAUACUCAUUGUGGUGUACAUAUUAAUGCUGGUCCAGAGAUUGGCGUUGCAAGUACAAAGGCCUAUACUAGCCAGUUUGUGGCUAUUGUAUUAUUUGCUUUAAUGAUGUCGGAAGAUCGUAUAUCUAUGCAAAGUAGACGUCAGGAAAUCAUCAAAGGUUUACAAGAAUUGCCUGCUAAGAUUAAAGAAAUUCUGGAUAUGGAUAGUGAGAUCGAACAACUUGCUAAAGAGUUGUAUCAACAAAAGAGCCUUUUGCUUAUGGGACGCGGAUACAAUUAUGCAACUUGUUUAGAAGGAGCUCUGAAAGUGAAAGAAAUCACUUACAUGCAUUCGGAGGGUAUAUUAGCCGGAGAACUGAAACAUGGUCCUCUUGCACUAGUUGAUAAGGCUAUGCCAGUCAUUAUGAUUGUUAUGCGAGAUAAAGUCUAUUCUAAAUGCCAAAAUGCUCUCCAACAAGUUGUAGCUAGACACGGACGACCAGUAGUAAUUUGUUGUAAAGGAGAUACUGCCACGGCUAAAGAAGCCUUUAAAGCUAUUGAAAUACCAGAAACAAUCGACUGUUUACAAGGAAUUUUAUCAAUUAUUCCCCUACAAUUGCUAGCUUUUCAUGUUGCUACUUUAAGAGGAUUCGACGUGGAUUUUCCUAGGAAUUUGGCAAAGUCUGUCACGGUUGAAUAA